AUGCCGUCGUUGCUCUUCUGCGGCCCCAAAAUGGCUGCUUGUGGCAUCGUUAUCAGUAUCUGGGGCGUCAUCAUGCUGGCAAUGCUGGGGAUCUUCUUCAGCGCCAAGUCAGCCGUGCUGAUUGAGGACGUCCCAUUUACUGAGGAGGACAUUCGCAAUGAUCAACACCCUCCUCAGACUAUCUACGGUCUGUACAGCCAGGUCGGCAUCAAUUGCUUCAUCGCGGCCGGCGUCUACGUGGCAGUGGGCGCAGUGUCCUUAUGCCAGGUUCGACUCAACAAGCGGCAGGAGUACAUGGUGACAUAA